GGGGCCGAGGGGGCCGCGGGGCGGUGGGACGCUGACCCCGCCCCCUGCUGCCGCCUGUCUGCGCCCGGCCGCCGCGGAGCCCGAAACAUGGCGGCCGCGACGCGCAGCUUCGGGCCCGAGCGGGAGGCCGAGCCGGCCAAGGAGGCGCGCGUCGUGGGCUCUGAGCUCGUGGACACGUACACGGUUUACAUCAUUCAGAUCACCGAUGGCAACCAUGAAUGGACAGUCAAGCACCGCUACAGCGACUUCCAUGACCUCCAUGAAAAGCUUGUUGCAGAAAAGAAGAUUGAUAAAAAUCUGCUUCCACCCAAAAAGAUAAUUGGGAAAAACUCAAGAAGCUUGGUGGAAAAGAGGGAGAAGGAUUUGGAGGUCUACCUCCAGACACUCCUGGCCACCUUCCCCGGCGUGGCCCCCAGAGUGCUGGCUCACUUCUUGCAUUUUCAGUUCUAUGAGAUAAAUGGCAUCACUGCUGCACUGGCUGAGGAGCUCUUUGAAAAAGGAGAACAGCUCCUGGGGGCCGGCGAGGUCUUUGCCAUCAGGCCCCUGCAGCUCUAUGCGGUCACUGAGCAGCUGCAGCUGGGAAAGCCCACGUGUGCCAGUGGCGACGCCAAGACUGACCUUGGGCACAUCCUGGACUUCACCUGUCGCCUUAAGUACCUUAAGGUUUCUGGCACAGAAGGACCUUUUGGGACCAGCAACAUUCAGGAGCAGCUGCUGCCUUUUGAUCUGUCAAUAUUCAAGUCUCUUCAUCAGGUGGAGAUAAGCCACUGUGAUGCCAAGCACAUCCGGGGACUGGUCGCCUCGAAGCCCACAUUAGGCACGAUGAGCGUGCGCUUCUCAGCAACCUCGAUGAAGGAAGUCCUCGUUCCCGAAGCCUCAGAAUUUGAUGAGUGGGAGCCAGAAGGCACAGCCCUGGAAGGCCCUGUGACUGCCAUCAUCCCCACAUGGCAAGCACUGACCACUCUAGACCUGAGCCACAACAGCAUCUCCACGAUCGACGAGUCUGUGAAACUGAUUCCAAAGCUUGAGUUCCUGGACAUGAGUCAUAAUGGAGUGCUAGUUGUGGACAACCUGCAGCACCUGUACAACCUCGUGCACCUGGACCUGUCCUACAACAAGCUGUCCUCCUUGGAAGGGGUUCACACCAAACUGGGGAACAUCAAGACUCUGAACCUGGCUGGCAACCUGCUCGAGAGUCUGAGUGGCCUGCACAAGCUCUACUCCUUGGUCAACCUGGACCUCAGCAACAACAGAAUCGAACAGAUGGAGGAGGUCCGGAGCAUAGGCAGCCUCCCGUGCCUGGAGCACGUGGCUCUGCUGAACAACCCCCUGAGCAUCAUCCCCGACUACCGGACCAAGGUGCUGGCUCUGUUUGGAGAGAGGGCCUCUGAGGUCUGUCUGGACAACUCAGUGACCACAGAGAAAGAGUUGGACACGGUGGAAGUGCUGAAAGCAAUUCAGAAAGCCAAGGAGGUCAAGUCCAAACUGGGCCAGCCUGAGAAGAAGGUUGGCGAGGAUUGCCAGCUCUCCGCUGCCCCCUGUGUCAGACCCAGCAGCUCCCCUCCCACCGUGGCUCCCACGUCCGCCUCCCUGCCCCAGCCCAUCCUCUCCAACCAAGGAAUCAUGUUUGUGCAAGAGGAGGCCCUGGCCAGCAGCCUCUCGUCCACGGACAGUCUUACUCCCGAGGACCGGCCCAUUGCCCGGGGAUGCUCUGAUUCCUUGGAGUCCAUCCCUGCAGGACAGGCACCUUCUGAUGAUUUAAGGGACAUACCUGGAGCUGUUGGCGGUGCAAGCUCAGAGCACUCGGAGCCGGAGGUCCAGGUGGUGCCUGGGUCUGGCCAAAUCAUCUUCCUGCCCUUCACCUGCAUUGGCUACACAGCCACCAACCAGGACUUUAUCCAGCGCCUCAGCACACUGAUCCGGCAGGCCAUCGAGCGGCAGCUGCCAGCCUGGAUCGAGGCAGCCAACCAGCGGGAGGAGGGCCAGGGCGAGGAUGACGAGGAUGUGGCUGAGAACCGCUACUUUGAAAUGGGGCCUCCAGAUGUGGAGGAAGAGGAGGAAGGAGGCCGGGGAGAGGAAGAGGAGGAGGAAGAAGAGGAGGAUGGUGAGGAGGAGCGCCUGGCCCUGGAGUGGGCCCUGGGUGCAGACGAGGACUUCUUGCUGGAGCACAUCCGCAUCCUCAAGGUGCUCUGGUGCUUCCUGAUCCACGUGCAGGGCAGCAUCCGCCAGUUUGCCGCCUGCCUCGUGCUCACUGACUUUGGCAUUGCUGUCUUCGAGAUCCCGCACCAGGAGUCACGGGGCAGCAGCCAGCACAUCCUCUCUUCCCUGCGCUUCGUCUUCUGCUUCCCGCACGGCGACCUCACUGAGUUCGGCUUUCUCAUGCCCGAGCUGUGUCUGGUGCUCAAGGUGCGGCACAGCGAGAACACGCUCUUCAUCAUCUCAGAUGCCGCCAACCUGCACGAGUUCCACGCCGACUUGCGCUCAUGCUUCGCCCCGCAGCACAUGGCCAUGCUGUGCAGCCCCGUGCUCUAUGGCAGCCACAUCAGCCUGCAGGAGUUCCUCCGCCAGCUGCUCACCUUCUACAAGGUGGCGGGCGGCUGCCAGGAGCGCAGCCAAGGCUGCUUCCCGGUCUACCUGGUCUACAGCGACAAGCGCAUGGUGCAGACGGCUGCCGGGGACUACUCGGGCAACAUCGAGUGGGCCAGCUGUACGCUCUGCUCUGCUGUGCGGCGCUCCUGCUGUGCACCCUCCGAGGCUGUCAAGUCCGCUGCCAUCCCCUACUGGCUGCUGCUCACACCCCAGCACCUCAACGUCAUCAAGGCUGACUUCAACCCCAUGCCCAACCGUGGGACCCACAACUGUCGCAACCGCAACAGCUUCAAGCUCAGCCGCGUGCCACUCUCCACUGUGCUGCUGGACCCCACACGCAGCUGCACCCAGCCACGGGGUGCCUUUGCUGACGGCCAUGUGCUGGAGCUGCUCGUGGGCUACCGCUUUGUCACCGCCAUCUUCGUGCUGCCCCAUGAGAAGUUCCACUUCCUGCGCAUCUACAACCAGCUGCGGGCCUCGCUGCAGGACCUGAAGACUGUGGUCAUCGCCAAGACCCCUGCGACUGGGGGCCAGUCCCAGCGCCCCCUCGUGGAUGGCCAACCUGCUGAGAACAGGGUCAGUGAUGACCAGAGUCCCCAGGAAGCCCCAGCAGAGGCUCCAGCGCCAGCACCAGCCCCAGAGGAGGCCCCAGAUCUGGCCCGGGCAAAGGCCUCAGCCCCAGAGGACACCCCAGCUCCAGCCCCAGCAGAGACCUCAGUGCCAGCUUUGGUUCCAGCAGAAGCCCCAACAGAGGCCUCAGCCCCAGAGGAGACCCCAGCUGCAGCCUUAGUGGAGGCCCCGGCACCAGCUGAGGCCCCCGCCCAGUACCCAAGCGAGCACCUGAUCCAGUCCACCUCAGAGGAGAAUCAGAUCCCCUCACACCUGCCCGCCUGCGCAUCGCUCCGGCACAUUGCCAGCCUGCGGGGGAGUGCCAUCGUCGAGUUCUUCCACAGCAGCAUUGCAGAGGUGGAGAACGAGGAGCUGAGGCACCUCAUGUGGUCCUCGGUGGUGUUCUACCAGACGCCGGGGCUGGAGGUGACGGCCUGCAUGCUGCUCUCCACCAAGGCCGUGUACUUCGUGCUGCACGACGGCCUCCGCCGCCACUUCUCUGAGCCACUGCAGGAUUUCUGGCAUCAGAAAAACACUGACUACAACAACAGUCCCUUCCACAUCUCCCAGUGCUUUGUUUUAAAACUCAGUGACCUGCAGACAGUCAACGUUGGGCUUUUUGACCAGUAUUUCCGGCUGACGGGCUCCUCCCCGAUGCAGGUGGUGACGUGCUUGACUCGGGACAGCUACCUGACACACAGCUUCCUUCAGCACCUCAUGGCCGUGCUCUCCUCCCUGGAACGCACGCCCUCACCUGAGCCUGUGGACAAGGACUUCUACUCUGAGUUUGGGAACAAGACCACAGGGAAGAUGGAGAACUACGAGCUAGUCCAUGCUAGCCGUGUCAAGUUCACCUACCCCAGUGAGGAGGAGGUCGGGGACCUGACGUUCACCGUGGCCCAGACAAUGGCGGACCCAGGGAAGGCACCGGCCCUCAGCAUCCUGCUGUAUGUGCAGGCCUUCCAGGUGGGCACACCGCCACCUGGGCGCUGCAGGGGCACCUUGCGCCCCAAAACGCUCCUGCUCACCAGUGCCGAGAUCUUCCUCCUGGACGAGGACUUUGUCCACUACCCGCUGCCCGAGUUUGCCAAAGAGCCGCCACAGCGGGACCGGUACCGGCUAGACGAUGGCCGCCGCGUCCGGGACUUGGACCGUGUGCUCAUGGGCUACCAGCCCUACCCGCAGGCUCUCACCCUAGUCUUUGACGAUGUGCAAGGCCACGACCUCAUGGGCAACGUCACCCUGGACCACUUUGGGGAGGUACCAGAUGGCCUAGCCAGAGCCGGCCAGGGCCGCGAGGUCCAGUGGCAGGUGUUUGUCCCCAGCGCCGAGAGCCGAGAGAAGCUCAUCUCGCUCUUGGCCCGCCAGUGGGAGGCCCUGUGCGGCCGGGAGCUGCCUGUUGAGCUCACUGGCUAGCCCAGGGCCCUUCGUGUCCAGCAUGGGCGUCCAUUCAGUGUGGGGAAGCAGGCUUGCUUUUUUUAAAAAAAAUGAUUUCUCCUCCUUUUGGUACCUUCACUUGACUGUCCUCCCACAGAAUGUGAACAUACAUGUUCAGUUGAUUCUUUCUAGUCCCAGGAGUGACAGUGCCGGCCCCUCCAGGGCCUCCUGUGCCGUCGGCCUCCCGUGGAUCUGUGGCCUGCCCCUGGUGGUGCGUGGCAGGCGCAGCAGUGUCCCAGCUUCUGUUGUAGGACUGUUGUGAACACGGGGUGUCGUGAGUCCUCUAUUCCCUUACGCGUCUUCUUCUGAAAUGUCAAGUCCAGUCUCGUUGAUGUUGCUGUUGUCAGGGUUUGCUGCUUAUCAUUGCGCUGGCAGCAAAGUGCACAUUGGAAGUUCCCACCCUGUGCAGUUUUCCUAAGUGAAGGCUGCUUUCUCCUGGUCCAGACGAGCAGGAGAGCCCCGUGCGGGCGGGAGCCCCCAGGCCUUGGGGCUGUGGGAUGGGAGCAGGGGACCUGGAGCUGCCAGCGCCGAGUGUGGCUCCUGUUGCCUAUUUUCUCUAUUCCAAUAAAGUAGAGUGUGACACUG